AUGACUAGGUCCAAGGUUUACUUUGAUAUUUCAAUUGGUUCAGUUCCAAAAGGACGUAUCGUUUUUGAGCUAUUCAAUGAUGUGGUACCUAAAACAUCAGAGAACUUUUUGAAGCUCUGUGAAGGUAACUCCGGAUUUUGUAAGACAAGGCCGGAAAUUCCAUUGAGCUAUAAGGGAUCUCUUUUUCACCGUGUUAUCAAGAGCUUCAUGUGCCAGUUUGGUGAUUUUACGAACUUCAACGGUACGGGAGGGGAGUCUAUAUAUGGGGAGAAGUUCGAGGACGAGAACUUCAAUAUAAAGCACGACAAGCCUUUCUUACUAUCCAUGGCUAAUGCAGGACCUAAUACCAAUGGUUCUCAGGCGUUCAUAACUUGUGCUCCAACUCCACAUUUGGACGGAAAGCACGUUGUAUUUGGUGAGGUGAUUCAAGGAAAGAGAAUUGUCCGCUCCAUUGAAAACCAGCCUACUGAUUCAAAUGAUAAACCAAUUGAAGACGUCAAGAUAGUGGAUUGCGGCGUCUUGCCUGAUGACUAUAUAGUUCCUGAAGAUGCAGAAAAGACUCCUACCGAUCAAUAUGGUGAUAAUUACGAAGACUCUCUGGCUGACGACGACAAGGUUGAUCUCAACAACUUUGAGAGCGUCUUGAAGGCCAUUCACGCUGUGAAAGAAAUUGGUACCGAACAGUUCAAGGCUAAGAAUUAUGAAGCUGCCCUAUCUAAAUAUGAAAAAAGCUCUGGAUUUUUGAAACAAUACUUUCCAGAAGAUUUAAGCGAUCAACAAACUGCUCAAGUUGAAGACUUGAAGGUUGCUAUCAAUCUCAACAUCGCAUUGUCUGCUCUAAGAACCAAAAGCUAUCAAAAAGUAUUGGCAGCUUCUACCGAAGUGUUGCAUUCUGAGAAGGCUGAUGACAAAUCUAAAGCGAAAGCGCUUUAUAGGAGAGGUCUUGCAUACUACCAUAUGAAUGAUCCGGAGAUGGCAUUGACUGAUCUAGAAUUUGCUACUACGUAUCAACAGAAUGAUGCCGGUAUUUUGAAGGCCAUAGACGACGCUAAAAGAUUGAAAAAGCAAAACAUCGGAAAACAGAAGAAAUCAUUAUCCAAAAUGUUUAACUAA